AUGCAUGCCAGAAACCCCCAUUCUCCUUUUCAAAGACUACAUAUGAUGGAUUGCGAUCUUUCAGCUCAGCAGGACACAGGGACCAUGCAAGCUGUAAUUGGUCAGGAUCCAAUGAUAGCUGGACAAGUCAGUAAGCCCUUGCUGUCACUGCGGAGUGAAAUGAAUGCAGAGUUGAGAGGUGAGGACAAGGCAGCUACUUCAGACAACGAGCUGAAUGAGCCCUUGCUUGCGCCUGUGGAAUCAAAUGACAGCGAGGACACUCCCAGCAAGCUCUUCGAGGCCAGAGGAAACACAGUGCUGCCUGAUACAAGCCCAGCAGACCAGCACCAACCCAGUCAGGCCCAUCCUGCAUUCCCUGUUGGGCCUCAGCCACUACUGACAGCCCAACAGUUAGCUUCAGCAGUAGCAGGGGUGAUGCCAGGAGGCACUCCAGCCCUGAAUCAGCCAAUCCUUAUUCCUUUCAACAUGGCUGGGCAGCUGGGGGGCCAACAAGGACUCGUCCUGACUCUACCUGCAGCAAAUCUCACCAACAUCCAAGGACUGGUAGCAGCGGCUGCAGCAGGAGGCAUCAUGACUUUGCCAUUGCAAAAUCUACAAGCUACCUCAUCCCUGAACUCCCAGCUUCAACAGCUUCAGCAUCUUCAGCAGCUCCAGCAUCAACAGCAGCAGCAGCAGCAGCAGCAAAGCCAGCAGCAGCAGCAAGCUCAGCAGGCACAGACUCCACAGCCAGCCCAGCAGAGCCAGCAAUCACAGCCACAGCCAUCAGCACCACUACAGCAGAACCAAACACAGCCCCAGAGCCAGAGCCAGCCUCCUCCAGCCUCACAGUCCUCCAGCUCCCCUCAGAAACCCAGCCAGUCACCAGGGCAUGGCCUUCCAUCUCCUCUUACUUCACCAAAUCCAUUGCAGCUGGUUAAUAAUCCACUAGCAAGUCAAGCAGCAGCAGCUGCAGCAGCAGCAGCCAUGGGCUCCAUAGCAAACUCCCAGGCCUUUGGAAACGCCCUCUCCAGCCUUCAGGGGGUCACAGGCCAGCUCGUCACUAAUGCACAAGGACAGAUUAUUGGAACAAUCCCACUGAUGCCUAAUCCAGUCCCGUCCAGCCAGGCGGCAGGUGGAGCUCAGGGACUUCAGGUGCAGCCGAUAACUCCACAGUUAUUGACCAAUGCCCAGGGCCAGAUCAUCGCCACUGUCAUCGGCAACCAGAUACUGCCAGUGAUCAAUACCCAGGGAAUAACACUAUCGCCGCUCAAACCAGGCCAGCAGCUCCAUCAGCCUUCCCAGACGCAAGUGGGACCAGCAGCUUCACAAUCCAAUCUCCUGCAUUUGGCUCACAGUCAAGCAUCUAUGUCUCAAAGCCCAGUGCGUCAGGCUUCCUCUUCUUCCUCCUCAUCCUCCUCCUCUUCAGCUUUGAGUGUUGGCCAGUUAGUCAGCAAUCCUCAGACAGCCACUGGAGAAGUGGAUGGGGUAAAUCUGGAAGAAAUAAGAGAAUUUGCCAAAGCUUUUAAAAUCCGGCGCCUGUCCCUUGGCCUGACACAGACUCAAGUUGGCCAAGCCCUGAGCGCCACCGAAGGCCCAGCCUAUAGCCAGUCUGCCAUCUGCAGACACACCAUCCUGAGAAGCCACUUUUUCCUACCACAGGAAGCCCAAGAGAACACUAUAGCUAGCAGUCUGACAGCCAAACUGAACCCUGGCCUUUUGUAUCCUGCCAGGUUUGAAAAGCUGGACAUCACCCCUAAAAGUGCCCAGAAGAUAAAGCCGGUGCUUGAGCGGUGGAUGGCUGAGGCUGAGGCCCGCCAUCGAGCAGGGAUGCAGAACCUUACCGAGUUUAUUGGGAGCGAACCAUCCAAAAAGCGCAAGCGGCGUACCUCAUUCACGCCACAAGCCCUUGAAAUCUUGAAUGCCCACUUUGAGAAGAACACGCAUCCCUCUGGGCAGGAAAUGACAGAGAUUGCAGAGAAACUGAACUAUGACCGGGAAGUAGUUAGAGUUUGGUUCUGCAAUAAGAGGCAAGCACUGAAGAACACAAUUAAACGUUUGAAACAACAUGAGCCUGCAACAGCAGUUCCUAUGGAGCCUUUAACAGACUCUCUGGAAGAAAACUCCUAAGAGCAAAACAAAAAAAGCCAAAUCACACAGAAAAAAAAACCCCACACCAACUGAAACGUGUCCAUUUGAACUUUGUGAAAAUACCUAUUCAUCACCCUUGUAAGUAAAAGACUGAGAAAACUACAAGAAGGACAGAACAGUUUAUAAAUGUCCGUGGGUUUUCCUAUUUAAAAAAAACAAAAAAACUUUAAACAAAAAAAAAAUACACAACACUUAGAGUGUAUGUGGUAGAAUUAGUUCCCCAAAAAACUGAAAAAGCCAGUUUUUUUAAAUGGACUUAAA